GUGAAACAUGUCCAAAAUCUGAACAAGAAUCUUCAGUACCAGAACAGUCACCAGAAAUGUAUUCUAGACAUGAAAGAAGCUGACCUCCUCAAGGUCACCCAGGAGCUGCUGGAUAUAAAGGUCAAGGUCAAAGUUGAACCAGAUCAAGAACUAGAUAGAAAGGCUGAAUUGGAGAAUGAGGUCAAAAGACUGAAGGAGCUUGUUAAUAAACUUGAAGAGAACUUCAGCAGCCUUGAUAAAGACAAAAAUUCCUGGAAGGAGAAAUAUUGGGAUUCCUUGAAGAAGUUAGAUGACAGUCAUAGACUUAUCAACAUACAUCUACAUAAUGCUGCUAAAUAUAGAGAUGAAUGUGCCACUAUUGAAGAAGUACAGAAAGCUACACAAGACAAACUUAACAAGACUGAAGCUGCUCUCAAACAGUCAACAGAUGAGAUGGCCAAUAAUCAAGAAAGACAUAAGACAGGAGUUGAGGGUUUUGAAGCAAAGGUAACCAAACUGAAGGAGGAAAUAGCAGGACUUACUUCUGAUGUUAAUAAUAUAUCAGAACAAAAAGAAACAGCAGAAAAGUCUCUACAGGAAGCCAAUGAUAGUAUUGCUGAACUUGACAAACAGUUGACUCAUGCUAAGGAAAUAUUGAAUGUAGAAAAGUUACAAGUAGAAUCUCAAACUGAAUUACACAUGCUAAAUAUGCUAGACAGUGAAGUUCAAGUUGAGCCUGCCGUAGAAAAUAAGGAGGUCCAGAUUGGAGUGCAAGUAGACACAGGGGUUACACAGACAAUAGACCCUGCAUUGUGUAGUACUGAAGUUCAAACUGAUUUGGUAGAGAGAAAUGUGAAGGAAGUCCAAACAGAAUGCAGACAGGAGGAUACAAAAAAUGUACAAAAUGCUGUUACUCAAACAAAUGAAGGCAUGAUGGAAUAUGGAACACCUGAUGACAUUGGUGUCAGAGAGCAAAGAACUGGUGUGGAAAAAGAACAUAACGAUACAGCACUAAAGGAGCUUUGCCAAGAAUAUAAUAAUGCGGAAGAUGAUGCAAUGGAACGUAAUAAAGCUAUUCAAGAAACGAGAUCAAUUGAAAUUAUGGGCAUGAACAUAGGAAAAGAUGAUUGUGCUGUUGACAGAGACAAGUUUGAUAAUGAUACUAAUAUGGAUUUAAGUAAAAGUAAAUCGGAACACAAUAUUAUUCCUAAGGCAGUUUCACAAUCUAAGGAAACUGAAUAUAAGAAAACCCAGUUAAAGAUCGAUUCUGAAAUAGAAUCAUUAGAAAGUCCACAACUUGGAAGCUCUAGAUUAGAUAGAUAUGAUAAAAAUGGAACUUCAAGAACGAGACAGGAUGAGACAGCACAUAAUGAAGAAGACAGAAAACAAAAGAUUAGCAUAACUGGUAAUUUUAGGCACUAUGAAAGAGAAGAAAGUGUCCAAAAAGGAGAUUUUGGACAAACAGGACUCAGUAUACCAAAAAUAGACAUUGCAAAGAGUGUACUGAAUACUGAUGUUGUGGCUGUGGAUCCGGAUGAGUUUAGUAUUAAGCUUACACAAGAUGAGACGGCUACCAUCGAUCCAAAAUAUAAUGAAAAAGAGAACUCCAUAGAAAGGAAUAGAUCAUCAAGCAAUAUGAAUGAUUAUACCACAAAAGAGAUCCAUUUUUCCAAUGGGAUUGAAGCAGCUUCCAUGGACCAAUCUAUUGAUCUAAAUUGGGAAGUUUCUGAAAUGCCGCCAAAGUUUACAAAGUCCAAAGCCAAGAAGCAUAAACUUACUAAAGAGGUCGUGAGUGAUCAGUUUAGUAAUUUUGACAUCAGUAAAGAAAAGUUUAAACAGUAUUUAAACAGAGAUGAGGGACAGUCAAAGCUUCCGAAAUUAACAGAAAUUCCUAAGGGAAUACCAAAGAAACAACGGAAUUACUCUUCAAUGUUUAAGAUUGAAGAGGAGAUUGAAACAGUUGAUGAAAGUGGUACUGAAGUUGCUAGUCCCAAAGCAAAUGUAAAAGCUCAAGAAGGUCACUCAAGUUGUGCAUCAACGAGUGUGAAACAUACUUCACAAUACCAGAUAAGCACACUCUGCAAUUACAAGAAUAUGCCAGGAAUAAGUCAGUCUUUUACACAAAAAGAUCAAGAGUUGCACGAAGGUGAUAUGAACCAGCUUUCAGAUGUCCAGUCAAAUGUAUACGUUAACGAUCAAAGGGAACGUGGAACUCUGCCUCUCCAAUUAAAAGUCAAUUACUCAGAAGACGUUAUGCAGAAAGUUUAUUCUCCUGCUGUUUCAAACAAAAUGGCAUACCAACAAGGCAUCGAUAAUAUGGUAUCCGCUCCAGAAAUUUGUCCUUCAAAGCAAGUUACUGCUACUGCAGGAGUGUUGGAAAUGGAGUGUGAAACUGAUUCUCCAAACACUCUAACACAGUCAGAUACCUCAUCACAAGAAUUGAAGGAAGUAGAUGACCAGUCACAAGAAUACCCUUACGGUAAUAAUGACCAACGUUCACCAGGGUAUACUGCAUCUAGCACUGCAUUUAGGUCAAAGCCAAUUGAAGAAAUUCAUUCCUUUUGUGGUUCAAUUUCAAAUGUUGGAUGCCCAGCAAGUGAUCUUGCUAUUGAUGAAUCUGCAACAAUUGUAUCUACGUCUGUCACAUCAGUAUCAGCAAGUGGUGCUCAUAAACUGUUCAGGCCUUCCCUAAAUGCAAAAGAUAAAAUAAGUUAUCCUACAGAAGGAACCAUUGAUUUAAACACAUCAGGUCUACAAGCAUCUGCCCCAUCUGUAGCAAGGCAGUCAAUUGUUACAGGAACACAAGCAUCGAGCAAAUCAAAGUCGUCAUCACCAGGAACAGAGGGUUCUAUUGAUUUCUUACAGAAAUACAGGGAUAUAGUUGCAAAGAUCAAACCAGCAACAAAUGUGUCUUGCAUACAGAAUAAAGUAAGUCAAAAGAAAUCAGGACAACAAGUGGCAUCUUCUAACAGUAUCACAGUUCAAGACUUUGAACCGAAAGUAAGUCCAAGGGGGAGAACUCCUAGAAGCAUAUUGAAAGGGCCAAGUAAAAAUAGCCGAAAACCAAGAAAUGUUACAUGGAAUGAGUAUGUGUUGAAUAAAGAUUUUGUUAAAGAUGGGAACACCCCAGAUCAGAACAUUUGAAGCAGCAGGGUAACGUCUGUAUUGUUGAAUAAAAAUCGACGUUGGAGCAUACAGUAUUACAUGAAAAUGAAGGCUCAUGUGAACAAGAUGCUCAAAUUGAAAAUGAAUGUGUUCUGUCAGCAUUGGGUCUACUUGCACUGAAAUGUUUUAGGUUUUACUUGUUGACAAUUAACUAGACCUUUGUACUCAAGGCUGUGUUCGUGUAAUUAAUAAAAAUAAAAUAAUAUACAAUAUCAUUUAAAUAUGUUUAUAAAAAUGUUAGAAAGUUAUUGUUAUGUUGAAAUAAAUUAAGAUAUAGAG